AUGACCAAUUAUUUUCGAAGGAGCGUUUUACCUUCUCGCCUCGUUACCCGUCAACCACUAAAAAUUGCGUUAAGAAAUUCAAACCCUCCUCUGUUUCUUUCGAGACCUUAUACAAAUUCCGCUCCUAAUGAGUCUGCUUCCUUCGCCUGGAAAAAGAAAUGGGAUCCAGUACAAAUCUAUUUACGUUCUAUCAACUGGAAACAGCGAAUAAGUGGGUUGUGGGGGCUUUUGUGGAGGGGUGGUGCAGUCUUUCUAACGGGAGAUCUUGUUUACCUUUGGUGGGUGAGCCAGUCUAAUGAGCGACGUGUCAACAAAUUCAUGGAAAAAGGUACUCGACCGCAGGAUACAGUAUCGGAGGAUAAACUCAUUCCUCGGCCUGAAAUUGUAGAACGCCUCAAAAAAAUUUUUCAGCCGGGUGAAGAUCAUUCAUAUUACCAUGUUGUUUGUGGUGAACACGGGACCGGAAAGACAACGUUGACUGUAAAGGUGGCAAGAGAAAUUGGGAAAGGCGUCAUAUAUGUUGAUACUCCUGCCGACAUUGAAGAAUUUGGCAAUUCGUUUGGAAAAGCUCUUAAUCUUAUAUUUGAUGAAGAUGCCAUGUUAACAUUACGACUGAAGCGAAAAUUUUUUGGCUAUACCAAAGACGAAUUGGAUCCAAAGUGGAAGAGAGCUUUUAGAGCCUUUAAGCACGCUUCUGAAGUAUAUAAAGCGAAGCAUGGCAAACCGCCAGUUAUCAUUUAUGACAACAUUAGCCGAAUAUUUAAUGAGAACCCCAAAAUCCUAGAUAUCCUUCAAGAUGAUGCAAAGGAUAAUGCCGAUGAUAGUAAAUAUAUCGCUGUGUUUGUCAGCAGUGAAGGUUCGGUGCCUAGAAGAAUGGAAUCACGUAGUGCCUGGUCACGAGCAGAUAAACCGGUGAUGGAAAUUGGCGAUCUCAGUGAAAAGGAAUCAAUAGAUUAUCUGAUCAAUAAGCGCAAGAUCAACUCCGUAGAAGCAAAAAAAUUAUAUGAAUUGGUUGGUGGGCGUAUUGUGGAUCUAAAGUCUGUGGCGGGCAAAUUUCUAGCUGGUCAAUCCUUCGAAGUCAUUAAACAGCAAAUAUUAACUGAAGUCAAGAAGAAAUUUGGUUCUGCAGGUCUCCUUCGAAAUCAAUCACAUCACGAAGCAGGAAAGCAUGUGAUUAGUGCUUUGCUGGAUUCUAAAGAAAUUGAUACUGAUGUAUUUAGAGAAUUUUUCAAGGAUAAGGAAUUCGGUGAAGUUUUAGAAGCUAAUGUAUUUGCAUAUCAUCCAUCAAGAGAUACCGUGACCUUUCAGUCUCAAUCGGUAGAAUGCUAUAUUCGGGAAAACGCUAGCUCAAUUCUUAUUUCAGGAGAGAUGACACUUCGUGCCUGGACAACAGAAUAA